AAAUUUCCACCGUGAGUUCACCAAUGCUCACAGUUGCCACUGGCAUGCCAAAACUUUGGAAUCAAGCGCAUCGAAUAUCAGAAGGUUUUUAGAGACCUGAAAAACCUCAACGUUAAAAACUUAUGAUUUAUAAAGUUUUAUCCCUAAUUCAAAUUUUCUUUACUGUAUGUCGACAAUUUAAUCUAUUUCUGACUUGAAAUGAGUGAGAUAUAUCCAAUCGAAGUUUUGCUAUCCACAGGCAAGAACUCGGAUUGCCAGAAAAAAACUUUGACGACUUUUGUUCAAAUUUUAGGCGAAAACAAAUAUUGCCACGAUAGCGUUGUAUUCGAUUCAAAGUCACGAAAGGUCGUUCGCAGAUACAUUUUGCGCAGAUAUAUCUUGCGCUGUAUAUUUUUUUGAUAUAACGCUGUUAUUUGGAGCCAAAAGGCAACAACGUUCUUUCUUUAUUGAGUUUAUUCAAAUUUCAAUUUAUUGAUAAACAAAGUAACGUACGUAUGCGCUCGUUCGGUCCCUUGACUUUAGCAACUUAUAUCUGUGAACGAUCUUUCCUGAUUUUGAAUCAGACAACGGGGGCUUCAAUUAUUUCUGAUGGAUUCGCCAUGAUAGACUAUCUAUAUUCUAUAACUUUUAUUAUUCGUAGAUACCUUUAUUAUGUUAUCAAAGUUGACGGAUUUCUGACGAUGUCUGUCUCCCAACUACAGAAAAGGUUUGCCUAGUUUUGUUUCUCAGCACUUAACACUUCCACUCUCCACGAAAAAAUCUAAAACAUCACCUACACGUCCAUUUUAGAUAAUACAUGAUAAUGCUACUAUGAGACUCAAAUUGACAGUUUUUCAUGUUUUUGGUACAAAACUUCCUUCAAGAAUCUUUUAAUUUUCCUGAUUAUAUAUGAUUCCUGGACGUAUAGUUCAUGUUCAAAAAAACCAUUUUGUUAAAAACACCAAAAUAAAAUUUUGUUUAUCAUCCUUUGAAUAAAUACACAUUAAAUAAAAUUUACGAGUUCAGAAACGUUUUUUUCUGAUCAAAAUCAUGUUGAGUCUAAUCCUACAAGUGUAUCAUAUCUGAUACAUGAACUCCACGGUCAGAACUUAAAUGAAUCAUAUAUGAUACAUGAAAAGUGAAAGUAUUAAGUAACAACAAUUUGACGACAACUUGCUAGAACUCGCCGCCCUUACAAUUUGAGGAGUAAAGUUUAUCUUUAUAGGAAAAUUAUUCAAUUGUGAUGAUACUGGUGUAGUUCAGAAGAACGACUCUACAAAAGAAACAAUUCGUCAAGAAAUUUUAGCGGCUUCUCAAGAAUGGGUUAGACGUUUCAAUACUGGUGAUUAUAAAUACACUAUUGAUACUUAUUUACCUAAUGCAAAAAUGUAUCCGCGAAAUACAAAAACACCUCGAUUACCUGUUGAACAGAGAGAAAAUAUUGGUCAAUGGUGGAAAACAUUCCUUGAUACAACGGGUGCAAAAAAUUUAGUUUAUUAUAAUGUUGACGUAAAAGUAACCGGUCCUGAUAGUGGUGAUUUAUCAGCUAGAUGGUAUAUGAGCGUUGGCAGCGGACAUAUUGACAAGGAAACAUGGAUUAAAAAUGAUGGCAGAUGGUCACUUGCUUUUGAUGAUUUUACUGUAGAAGAAACACAUUCAGCAACAGGAGCAGUCGAGGAACAUAAAUCUGAUGUGAUGGAGUCGGCAUAA